AUGAGUACAUAUUAUAUUGCUUUUUUUCAGAAAACUAUUUUUUAGGAGUUGAAUCCUAUUUUGGUUUAUUUUUUCUACAGUAAUUUUUAACUGAAGCCUUUUUCAUUUCAGUUCUUUAUAGUGUUGAUUCUUUUAAGAGUUGUAGUUUUUAUUACAUUUACAAUUUUACACCUUCAUUUUUUACUUGCUCUAUUCUUUUUUGUAAUUCAUAUUAUAAUUCUCUAUCUUCAAUUUAUUUAUCAUCUAAUUAUUCUAACAAUUCUUUUUCUUCUUAAUCUUCUUUACGUCUUUAUUCANAAGCAUUCUUAAGUUAGCAAAUCUUUAAAUUUUAGUCUUCCAAAAAGAGCCUCAUCAUAAAUAAAGUAAUAUUAUAUUUAAAAAAAAUAGAAUUCAUCAUUUACCUAGUAUCUCUAAUAAUUCAACAUGUUGUAGCAAUUCGAAUACUUCUAGUCCUCCAUAAAGUUGUUCGAAAUUAGAGGAUGAUUGCAUUGAUAGUAAAUAAAAGUUUGAUUACUAGUGUCUCCUGUUUCUAAAAAUACAUCAUAAGAUCCUUUGAAUUAUUUUAAUUAUGAUGACUUCCAAUAUAUUCUUCCAAUCACUAUUAAUGGAGUAAAAAUAUUAAAACUUGAUUGGAGUUACUUUUCAGCUCCUCCAAACAUUUUAUCACCUUGGAAAGCACAUUGCUUUUGGACUGUUGGAUACACUUUUGAUAUUAAUAUGAGAAAAAUGAAAAAAUCAUAAAAUAUUAAAUAUCGACUCGUUAUUUAAAGUUGGUGUUGUCUCAAUAAUAAAUCUUGGGUAAAAAAUAAAUGGGAUCGAUUGUUAGAACAUGAAACUGGACAUUAUUUAAUUGGAUGUUUAUGUGCUUUAGAUUUCAAAUAAAAGUAAAUAUAUUUCAUAUAUUUAGAGCUGAUAAAUUUAAAUAUACUAAAAAUUACAGAAUGGAAUGUACUAAAUUGUUUUAAGAUAUAUUCUAGUUUUAUCUUCAGAUGGAAAAGUAAUAUGAUGAAGAAACAAAUCAUAGUUAGAAUGUUUCAAAGUAAAAGGAAUGGAAUGAAUUCAUUAAGUCAGAACUUUUAAAAUAUUGA